UCACGGAACAAUCAGUCUUUUGAGGGGAGAAGACAGUUGACAUGUUUAGAUAGUUUAAACAAAAUAUUUAAGCUUUUUUCACAAUUCUUUUUAUUAAAACAUUGAAGUUCAAAGUUUGGCUGCACUAUUGCUGGACGAAAAUGAAUGCAACACCUACUACUUCCGUGUUCACCACAUCUGAUCAAGACUGCUAUCCUUCUGAGUUUCCUCAAAAGCUGUUUUUCUUCAUCCUCCAUUUGGUUGUCAUUCUAUUUGGUAUUCCCUCCAAUGCAUUCUCAUUGUAUGUCUCCUAUCGGCACAUCAAACAGAAAAAUGAGAUGGGGGUCUAUCUGUUUAACCUGGCUUUCUCAGACCUCUGCUUCAUUGCAGGCUUGCCCAUAUGGAUGGAGUUUACCUAUUAUGAUUACUGGCGUCAUGACAGAACUGUGUGUGCUGUGUGUGUGUUCCUCCUCUACACUAAUUUCUACACCAGCACUGUGCUGCUAAGCUGCAUCGCUAUAGACCGCUACCUCGGUGUGGUUCAUCCCUUCAGCUUUCUUCUCCUGCGCAAACCCAGCACAGCGGCAGCUAUCAGUGCCAUCGCGUGGGCUUUCACGAUUACAUUCAAUUACAUGACUAUUUCCCUGCAAGCCAUCUAUGAUAGUUUAUCAGGAGUGUGCCUGGAUGUCUUCCCAUUGACCCAGAGUCAAAAGAGGGUCUACAUUGCCCGUUUUUUUGUGGGGUUCCUGCUACCUGCCCUGGUCGUGGCAUUCUGCUAUCAGAGGAUCUGCACAGAGGUGAGGGCCAACCAGGCCACAGGCCUUCCUGAGCGCAGGCAAGUGUUUAAGCUACUGGGGGCAGUGCUUCUCAGCCUCUUCCUCUGUUUCGGCCCAGUCCACGUCAUGAUGCUACUGAGGGCAGUUAUAGAGGACUGCAGGCCUCCUGCAUGGCUCUUCCUGUUAUAUAAGAUAAGUGCAGCUCUUUCCAACCUUAACUGCCUGGCUGACCCACUCUUAUACUGCUUCAUCACCAAAACAGGGCGAGCCCGCAUCACCCAGGCGUUAUUGAGGGUGACAAAGAAAGUAGAGAGAGAGGAGGAGAGACUUUAAUACUGAUAAAAACAUAUUCCUUUCAGGGUCUAAGAAGCUAGUGGUACUUUACUAUUAUGUGAAUAUGACUGUAAUAAAAUUUAUUUUAGUAUUUACACAUGUAAUAAUGUAGGUAAUAGAAUAGAAUUUGGACAUGAGUGCAGAGAUUUCUUGACUUGGAAAAAAACGUCUGUUUUUACUAGAACUAAGCUAUGUACGGUGAAACGCUAAUUGUUUUAAACAAGCGUGACCCAUAGAUGGAGAGUUUUUUUCCUUUGUUGCAUACCUGUAUGAUUCUAUUUUUAGAAAAUGUCCAAAAAAUGACUUUGUCUGCCAUUUCUAUUAGGAGACACUUGUUGUAAAUAAAUAAUUUAAAUACACAUAUAUUUAAAUACAAGUGCAGUGCAAAUUCAUCCAUUCAUACCAGCAUCAAUCACUAGCACCAGUCACAUGUCACAAUCAGUGCAGUUUUCCAAAUCACCAAAUCACUACUGUGUUUGAAAUGUUACAGAAUACAAAGCCAAACAAAGGAGCAUAGCUGAGGUGGUUAGUUUCUGACGUUUUUGAGGUGGUUAGUUUCAUAGCUGAGGUGGUUAGUCACCAGCAACAAAUACUGGCUGAUCUCGAAGGCCAUGAAAGCUUUAUUAUAUAUUGUGAACUGUACUUUGCCUACCAGCCUAUUACACCCAAACAUGCCCAAAUGGCAUUUAUCAUCAGCCGACUCACAGGGAGAGCUAAGGCCUGAUAGCACCAUUCUUUUGACUAAAUAGUCACUACUGAGUGCUGCAGCUCAAAGCCAUUUUCCACCACCCAAAGCCCUGUUGCACCUCUGCCUCCCAGCUUGACCUCGUCCCCCUUACUCCACAGAGUAAGACAUCUUCCCAGAAAGUGAGCAGUGUUUCAUCUGCUUUUUUUUUUUUUUGGUGUUCAUGUUGCAAUCAGCUGUUACACAUAUGAGUUCUCUCUCCAUUACAGCCUUAGUCAGUUCUGGAGUUGCGAGGAGGAACCUGGUCAACCAACGGUUUCUUAUCAAGCUCGGCUUGGCGGCAAUGCCGUUACUGUCUCCUCUAUCUGUGCAAGCACUGGAUGGAGGCCUAGUGGGGAAGGUCAUCAUAACACAUCAAAUACCACCUACACACCAGUGAUCUCUACAUGAACAUAUAUCUCUAAUUACCUACUCUCUGGAAUAUUAUGUCAUUUUAGGACUCCCUUUGUUGCAUAUUCACAACCCCCUGAUCUUCUGGCCUGACAGUCAAAUCACUAAGUGGCCUCCCUUUUGUCACACACCCUGCAUCCGGUCCAUUACCCUGCUCCAUGGUUUACCUCAAUCAAGAGUUCUUCAGAAGAUUCUCAUGCUCCCAGCUUUAUCACAACCUGGCUAAUGUCUUUAGUCCAGUUAAGGCAAGCCACCUUCCACUUCACCACAAUACUGACUGCCAGUACUCUCUGCUGUAAGGUGUAUUACACCUUACACAGCAGGAAACCCAGGUAAUGGGGCAAUAUAUCCAAGGGCCCCUGUCUCAGGAUUACAUAUGCCCCUCCACCUCGCCUGCCUCAGUUAGCAUCUUCAUAAUGAAAAACGGUGGGCUGAGGCUACUAGGGCAUACUGGGGUAUUUUUGCCCUCUUAGUUAAGAACUCCUCAUGGAGUUCUUAGGUAGAUCCAUCAUUGUUUACCUCAACACCAUCUUGAUCUGCUCACCAUCCCUGGACCAUCAAAUCCACAGAGGAUCUCCACACUCUAAUUAGUAACAGAUUGUACUGUAAGCUGGAGAAGGGAGUUACAUCUUGGUGCGGUUAACUACCUUGGCUACUUAAUUAAUAUGACCAGCAUAUUUUGAAGACUAGCAAGGUGGACCCUGUGGCCGAAACCCCAGGUGUGCCAUGACUUGCAGCUUUUUCUGAGGUUUGCAAACUUCUACCAGAGAUUCAUCAGAAACUUCAGCUCCAUGAGCUAUCCCCUCACUGACCUUCUUCAAGUUAAAUGGGCAUAGUUGGAGUGGACUUCCUCCGUCAAAAGCGCUUUCACCACCACCACAUCCAGAUCCCACUAAACCCUUUACUAUGGAGGUGGAUGCAUCCAUUGUAGGAGUGGGACAGUACUGUCCCAGUUCUUUAGGACCGGCCCAAAUUGAAACUGGUGGUCUAUUAUUCGAAAAGCUGUCCUCUAUGCAGAAGAACCACAAAAUUGAGGCUAGAAAACUUAUCGUCAUAAUACUGACACUGUCUGGAGGGCACCCAGCAUCCUUUCAUGGUCAUAUCUGACCACAAAAACUUGGAGUACAUCCAGACAGCCAAGUGUCUGAACUCCCGAUAGGCCAGAUGGUCAAUGUUGUUCUCCUGCAUCAAGUUUGUCAUCACCUACUGGCCAAUAUCCAAAAAUACCAAAGUUGAUGCCCUCUCCCAUCAAUUUGAACCUGAAGCCAUGCCCAUCCUGCCUCACUCCUGUUUCCUGGGGGCCAUAAGCUGGGCUCGUAAUAGAACAAUCACAUUUACCAACCCCCAUCCACAGAGCCACAAAUGUCCCUCUAGAGUGUCCCUCAACCCUUAUCACAUGGGCCUAUGCUGUACCCUUGGAAUCCACCUGCCUCUGGUCUCCCUGGGUGCAGUCCUGGUUCCAGGAAAGCCAAGGAGUCUGGAAAGAAAUGCACUUUCACCUCCACUGGGCUACAAGAGACUUACAAAUGGCGAGGAGAGACUCCUGUCUACCAACCAGGUGGUCAUGUUUGGGUGGCCACAAGGGAUGGCCAGAUGGGCCCAGGCAGAAAAGUCAACCCCAGGUACUUUGGACAUUAUACUAUCAGAGAGAAAGAGAAUCAAUGAGGUCACCUAGCAGGUCAACCUGCCUGUGAGUAGAUGGGUGUCCUCCACCUUUCAUGUGUCCUCUCUCAAGUCAGUCACUACAGGUCCCCUGGAUGAAGCCAUCACCCUCUCCAGCCCUACAUCUCCACAGGGUAUUAUGGGGGCUCCAGCCUACAAUGUGAAUGUAUUAUUGGACUCCCAACAACUUUGGUGGACAUCUCCACAUAACUGAGAAGAGAAGCUGGGCACCAGCCAGCCAGCCAGCCUGACACUGAAUUGCCUUCAACCACACUCAUCCUUCUAUGGCCCCUCAGGGGAGAUGGGUACUGUUAGCACUCAGCCAGUCAUCCAUUCACACCAACACCAAUCACACGUCAUGAUCACUUCCCUGUUCCCAAUCACCUAGUUACUGAUCAUCACAUGCACCUGCUUCUCAUUACUUCAUUUGUUGCUAUUACUUUGUUGCUUAAACCCACAUGUGCCUUUCACAUUCAGCCUAGCCUAGGACAGCAACUCUUUCUAGAGCUACUGAACCUAGCUGGAGUUGCUACUAUCAAACUCUGCAUAAUUUCUCUGUGGGGUUUGUUCUGUUUUACAUUUCUCAUAGCAUUUCUGAAAAAUAAAACCUGCCAUUUGCCUCCACAAUUUGUGUAUUGCUUCAGAGGUAAACAAAAUUAACCAUGUAACAAAUUUGAUGCCAUUUACAUGUUAACAUGGGAGAAAAUGACUCAUCUAUUUCUGUGCACCACACAGAUUA